UCUUUAUAUGGCUUCAUCUCACCACUCUUACUUUUGUACAGGACUUAGCUAAUAUUUGUGGGGACAGGACUUCUUUUGGACUUUGUGGACUUAGUUUUUUUUGUCUACCUCUUCACAGAAAUCCCCAACCCAACAAUGACUCUUCAUUCAUCGAAUUUCACAAACUGCUCCAUCAGUGAUUUCAAGCACACCGUCUACCCAAUUGCUUAUCUGUUCAUCUUUUUCCUUGGGCUUUUUGGCAACCUCAUAUCUCUGUUCUUCUUCAUUUGCUCAUCGUUCAGAAGAAAAGCAUCUUUUUCUCCAGUCAACAUCCUCAUGCUCAAUCUCCUUCUAUCUGAUCUGAUGAUGGUGUGCUCGCUGCCGUUUCGAGCCGCCUACUAUCUCAUGGACUACUGGGCCUUCGGAGACAUCACCUGCCGGAUCAUGUCCUACGUCUUCUACAUCAACAUGUACGGCAGCAUCUACUUCCUUGCGGUUCUGAGCGUGGUUCGCUUCGUCGCCAUCGUGAAGCCAUUCACAUACGUGCGCUGGCAAAGCUCUACGAGAGCCUGGACAUUAUGCAUUGUAAUCUGGCUGAUCGUGUCUGUGGCAUCCAUCCCGCUUCUGAAAGCCGGAACUUAUGAGGAUUCUAAUCAGACCAAAUGCCUGGAUCUGAGGCCGUCCCAGGUGGGGACCAUUAUCACGUUGAAUCGAGGGGUUUUGUUUUUAGGCUUUGUUAUGCCCUUUGUGGUCAUCUCAGUCUGUUACAUUUUUGCAGCCUUGUAUUUGCUAAAGCUAAGGAAGACCAGGCAGAGUCAAAGAUCUCAGUUCAAUCACAAGAAAUCCUGCUCUCUCGUCAUUAUUGUUCUGCUGAUUUUCUUUGCAUGCUUUAUGCCAUAUCAUGUCGUCCGAACUCUGUUUCUGGAGGCCGAGAUGGACAUUCAAAACAAGCAUGACAAGUCCUGCCAUUAUAUUGAAAGUCUGAGAAAGGCAGCGGUCAUCGCACACUGUCUAGCCUCUGGAAACAGUGCUUGGAUCCAUUGCUUUUCUUUUUCGUCGGGGAAAACUUUGUUAGCUUUUGGUGACAACAUACACCGAGAAGACAGAGUUGUAUAA